UAGGUUUUUUUUUUAUAAAUUAAAUGGCGACUGUGUGAAAGAUCAAAAAAACUUGGGUCUACGUGUUUUUGUGACAAAUCCAAAAUAAAUUUUUUCAAUUUACACCAUUUAUCCAGAUUUUGUGCCGUGUUAUUUCAAAUUAAAUCAAUCAAUAAAGAUUCCUUCUAAAAAUUCCACUAUGGCACGUCUAACAAAUGUGUACCAUGCGGAGAAUAUAAAUAGCGUAAAAAUUGGAAGGCGACAGCUACCCGUGAUUGCUGGCGAUAAUUUAAUGAUGCUAAUGGAUCUGAAUAGCAAAGGACUGGCAAUAGAUAGUACGCAUAUCAAGGGCAAGGAAUUGGAGGAAUUUACGCGAAAAUUUAAUCUUUUAACCCCAGACGAGCUUCGCGAAUCACUGGAAAUAGAUAGCUCGGCUUUCCUUGCUGUUCUCAAUCAAUGUGUUCAAUGUGUCGGAUGUCGACGCAGUGUUGAACGUUUGUUCUAUCAGCUAACACUCUCUGGCCAUCCGACACUUGAUCCGAUUGUACUAAAGAGCUCUGUUAUUCUGAGCAUAGCUGAGGAUAAAAUGAAGACGCCACAAGCAUUGGGGACAUUGCUCUAUCGACACCACGAAGUUCUUAACAAUUUAGUUGAAAGUAAGUUGCGGAAUAAGACCAGAUGUGUGUUGCAUUCGUUGGAUGCAUUUCGUUCGAAACCAUUUUCGGAGACUUGGCGCGAGGUGUGGUCAUCUAUGAAGCAGAGAUGCCGCGAAGAAUUAUCUGUGAUUAAAGAUACUGAAUUACAUGAAGUGCUGGAGAAUUAUUUGAAGAAACAUAAAUUCUGUCAGGGAUGUAGAGCUAAGAUUGAAAAAGCUUAUAACAUUCUGGUGGGAGAGACAACAACGAAAGAGAAGGGAUUCGUUGCAGCGCUUUAUGCUAAUAUCAAAAAGUGCCAACCCGAGCAACAUAUUCAUGUUCAAACUAAGGCUGAUUUUAUCGACACCCUUAUUCGGCGAGCUGAACCAGAGGUCAAUGGAAGUUACACCAAGCAAAGAGAGCGCCACGCAAAGACGUUAGAAAUCGCCCAAGAAGAGGUACUAACAUGCGUCGGCAUGAUUAUGUACGAGCGUCUGCGCAGAAUUUAUGUAAGUUUGAGAGAAGAAGAGCGUGCUUGUCAAGUACUAGCUGCUGUCGGAGUUCAUGCAUUGUGUCGCAGCUUCGACAUGUCAGUCGAGAAAAAACAAGGCAUUAGUAAUUUAGAGUUGCUGUACAAUGAAAUAAGUCGAGCCGAAAAGGCAAAGGAGCACAAGCGCGAACAGAAAAAACUCAAGAAGAAGAAAAAGAAGAACGAGAAGAAGAAUAGCUAUAGGACAUGUGACAAUAGUAUUGUGGACGAUUCAAUCGAUCUAGACGAAGAGGACGUAGAUGAACACGAAGAAGAAGAUGAAGAAGAAACAAUGAGCAAUAAAACGCAAAAAGAGAAAUGUAUCGACUGCAGUGAGGAUAUAAAUGUUUGUCCUUGCGAAAGUGAAGGUGAUGUGUGUACGAAACUUUUGGAUGCCGGCUAUGGUUCGGAUCCGAAUGCUAAUUCGGGGACAUCGAGCACAGCGAGCACUCCCGAGGGAUCGGAGGUGUCUUGUUCGGAUGGUUUUUGUAAUCACGAUCGGCACGGCGGCCACGAGACGGACUUUGUAAUUGAUAAAUUUGAUUCGUCGAACAAUCAUUUUGAAAAUGAUCCAUUUGGAGCUUGUGGUCGAGAGAAGAAUUUAAGCUUGUUGCAAAUGCUUGAGGACUUCGAAGAGAUGGAAGACGAAGAAAACUGUUACAUUCCCAAUGAAGUCGUAAUGGAGUAUCAAUGUCAUCAAGAAAAAGUCAAUCAACAGCGACAGGAGUUACGAGAGACUCUCAAGCAAAAGUUUGCCGCAAUGUGUAUGAAAAAGCGCGUUCAGCUGGGAGUAAUAGAUAUUAAUAAAUAGAAAAAAAAACAACAAAAACAAAACAAUGUUAUAAGUAAAAAGUCUAACUUAAAUAUACAAAUACAAGCUUUUUAUUAUUUUUAAA